ACACGUUCUCUCAUUCUCAAAUUUGAGAACUCAGACUCUCUCUUUUGGAAGGGCUCAUCCGUCUUUCCUGUUUCCUUUCCAUACUCAUUUUCUUUCCAAAAAAAUCUAAACAUUUUACUUUUAAUAGCGAGAGCUCUGAAUCAAGAAAACCAACAAAAUUAGUGGGGUAAAUUUUGGCAAAAUAUCCUUUGAAAUCUUUGCUAAUUUCUCUCCCUAUUUCAUUUAAUAUACCAUUGGAAUAUUUUCAAACAUUAAUAUGAUAAAUUAAUUUCCAUAAUUUUCAAUUUUUUCAUCCACAAAAUCUGAUUCCAGAUUUCACUCUAUUAAUUUGUCUUUCUUGAUUCAAGGCAGGUCAUGGGUUUUUUGUUUCCUAUUAUAUUUCUAAUACCUGUUGCUUGAUUCAAGGCUGGUCAUUUUUUUUUUCCUAUUAUUUUUCUAGUUGAUAUCGUUCAAAUUGUUGGCUUUCUUAUUAGUAAUAAUGGCAAUAAUUCCAUUUGGGUAUGAAAAAUCAUUUCCAUUUCCAUAUUAGAUUAUGCAUAUCUGGUAUAAACCUUUUUUCCACUUGGAUCUGAAUAUAUUUUUGGGAAUAUUGUUGCUCUUUGACUUCGCAAUUUGCAUGAUUAGUGGAGAUGCAAGUUUUGAUUCUGGUAACACGAUGUCCGACCGAAGCCUGACCGUUAAGUUCGGGUCGAGUUGUAUUCGGUUUACAAGGUUCUAUCGGUCGACAACGGGUGGGAUGAUUCUCAACCCGAAUGAUUCGGGUCGAGUGCAGGUGCACUUCAAACCCGAUCCGCCCGACCCGUGGACAGCCCUACACAGUACACUACACAAUGGGGAUGGAUCGCCACCACGUCAACGGGUGGAUAAGAAAAGAGAAAAAUAGAUACUCACCUUGGCUGCAAAGAGCAUGAGAGACAAGCUCUUCUCAAGAUUAAACGAGACCUUAUUGAUGACCAUGCCCUUCUUUCUUCUUGGAGCUCCAAUCAAGAUUGUUGCACAUGGAGUAGUGUCGGGUGUAGCAACGAAACAGGCCAUGUCACCAAGCUCGACCUCUCCACCUCGUCCUGCUCUCCCCCAAGGCCUUUGCGAGGUAAACUUAAUCCUUCCUUGAUUGAGUUGAAAUAUUUGACUUAUUUGGAUGUGAGCUGCGCUGAUUUUAAUCAGAGCCAAAUCCCAGAAUUCAUUGCUUCUCUCUCCAACUUAGGCCACCUUAGCCUUGGUUCUGCUAAUUUCGGAGGAAAGAUUCCUUUUCAACUUGGGAAUCUUUCCAACUUGCAGUACCUUGAUCUUAGCCUGAAUAAUAAACCUGAGAACUUAGAGUGGCUCCCUCAACUUUCUUCUUUAGAAUACCUGGACAUGAGUUACGUUAACCUGAGCAAAGUCAAUAAUUGGCUCCAUGUUGUCAAUAAACUGCCGUACUGGACAUCCGUGAUCUUGAACUCUUGUAAUCUUCCGAAUUUUUUCUCUGUUCCACUUGUUAAUUUUUCUACUUCUCUUGAUGUCCUCGAACUCUCUGAUAAUGAUUUCACUUCUUCUUCUUCGGUACUAGAGUGGUUGUUCAAGUAUUGUUGAUCUUCAUCUCAUGGGGAACGAAUUUCGAGGUUCAAUUCCGGAUGAUUUUACCAGAAUAAACUCUCUUGCACAUCUCCAUCUCGAUUCUAAUAAGUUUGAAGGUGAGGUACCAAAAGCCUUUGGUGGUAUAUGUCAUUUGAAAACUUUGUCUCUAUCAGGGAACUAUUUGAAUGGACAACUUGAUUUUAUUCAAAAUUUGACCGAGUGUGCAAACCCUUCAUUAGAGGUUUUGUUUUUAAGUCAUAAUCAAAUCAUGCAUUUGAAUGGGACAAUACCUGUAAGUUUGGGAAAACUCUCCAACCUAGAGUCUCUGAUUCUUGGUUUCAAUCCACUGAAAGGUGUUAUUUCUGAAGCCCACUUCUCAAACCUCACAAAAUUGAAGCAUUUGGGAUUAUCUAAUACCAAAUUGGUUUUCAACUUCAGCUCUGAUUGGAGUCCUCCUUUCCAAUUAGAUUCUAUAGAUAUGAAAUCUUGCCAAGUAGGCCCUCGAUUCCCAAAAUGGCUUCAAAAUCAGAAAAAUAUCCAAGUGCUUGAUAUUUCUAAUUCUAGUAUUUCGGAUACUCUCUCCGAUUCUAAUUGGAUCUUCUCAAGUCAAUUAAUUCAUAUGAAUCUAUCUCACAACCAACUCAGUGGUCAUGUUCCAAAUUUGUCAUGGGAUUUCUCCUUUUUUCCCAUUCUAGACUUGAGUUCCAAUAAACUGGAAGGUGAAAUACCAAGAUUUUUAUUUAAAGCAGCAUAUUUGGAUCUUUCGAAGAAUAUGUUUUCAAAGCAAGUCCGAUCCCUAUGUACAGUCACUAAUGAAAACUUGAAUUUUCUAGAUCUUUCCAAUAACCAAUUAUCAGGAGAGCUCCCUGACUGUUGGAUGCAGUUUGAAGCAUUGAAAAUUCUUAAUUUGGCAAACAAUCAAUUUCAUGGGAAAAUCCCAAGCUCGGUGGGCUCUUUACAUAGGAUUGAAACAUUGGAUUUAAGCAACAAUAGUUUCAGUGGGGAACUUCCUCUGUCAUUGAAGAAUUGCACAAAAUUGAAGUUUAUUAAUCUUCAGAAUAAUAACUUGUUAGGAGAGAUGUCGAUAUGGUUAGGGAGCAACCAUCCAAAUUUAAUUGUCCUCUUACUUCGAUCUAAUCGCUUCUUUGGAAGCAUUCCUUCACAUCUCUGCCAUCUAACAUAUCUUCAAGUUUUAGACCUUGCGUUAAACCAAAUCUCAGGAAGUAUACCAAUAUGCCUCAAAAAUAUUAUUGCUUUGACUCAGAAAUGUACUCCAAAUUCAACCAUCACCCACUCAUGAUUUUUCCAUCUCCCCUAGCACUUCUGUGAGUACAGGGUAUGAUGAUCAUGCAAUUUGGAUCUGGAAAGGAAGAGGGUAUGAGUAUGAAAGUAUUCUUGGACUAGUAAAAAGCAUUGAUCUUUCGAGCAAUAAAUUGACUGGGGAAAUUCCUAGAGAAAUCAUGGAACUUAAUGGAUUGAUUUCUUUGAAUCUCUCAAGAAAUCUUUUAACUGGAAGAAUCCCUUCAGAGAUUGGUUUGUUAGAGUCAUUAAAUUCCCUAGAUCUAUCAAAGAACCAGUUGUGUGGUGGAAUUCCUUCAAGCAUUUCUCAAAUUAAUUCUCUAAGUUUCUUGAACUUGUCGAACAAUAACUUGUCAGGUGAAAUUCCAACUGGUCCUCAACUUAAUACCUUCAGUGCCACUUCAUAUGAAAUGAACCCAAAUCUUUGUGGAUUUCCACUUCCAAACAAAUGUUUAGGAGAAGAAAUGACUCAAAACUCAGUUGAGAAUAGAGGCAGUGAACGUGCUAGCAUACAAGAGGAGGAAGAUGGGUUUAUAACAAUGGGGUUUUAUGUUAGUAUGGCCCUCGGAGUUGUUGUUGGUUUUUGGGGAGUUUUUGGCACAUUACUACUAAACAAGUCAUGGCGGUUCUCCUAUUUCAAGUUCUUGGACAUUGUCAAAGAUAAGAUAUAUGUGACAGGGGCAGUGAAUAUGAAUAAAUUACGGCGGCAGCUUCAAACAUAAUUGGUAA